AUGGCGUCAACUCAUACAUCAAAACGUAAUUGCCUUAAAAAUAUUCAUGCUGCAAAAAUCAAAUGGCACUUAAUUAAUACAAAAUCAUCAACAAAUUUAACUCGAACCCCAAUGCCAAUUGAUGCUAAUAUAAAUCCAGUAAAUGAAGUUUCACAAGGUGCUGGUAUUGUUGGUUGUUCUGCUGCUGUAGCUUUUGAAAGAGAUAUGAAAGAGCCUGAUCGUAUUGUUGGUGAAUUACUUCAACCUGGUGGUGUUGCAGCUUUAGAAAAACUUGGGUUAAGAGAUUGCCUGGAGAAUAUUGAUGCAAUACCUUGUCAUGGAUAUGGAAUUUUUUAUCAAGGUGAUAAUGUUCAUGUUCCAUAUCCAAUUCUUGGUAAUGGAAAACAGGCUAGUGGCAAAUCAUUUCAUCAUGGUCGUUUCAUAAUGAAUCUUAGAAAAGCUGCUUCUGAGACAUCAAAUGUUACAAUUUUUGAGGGAACAGCAAAUGAAUUAAUUCAAUGUCCAAUUACUGAUCGUGUGUUAGGUGUUAUAUGCACUCAAAAAGUUCAAAAUGGUGAUAGUAAUAAUAUUAUUAAACAAUUUUUUGCACCACUUACAAUUGUUGCUGAUGGAUGUUUUUCUAAAUUUCGUAAAUAUUUUGUUCCAAGAGAACCCACAGUGAAAUCUAAUUUUGUUGGAUUCAUAAUGAAAGAUGCAGAACUUCCAUUUCCAAAUCAUGGAACUGUUUUAUUGGGAAAUAUAGCACCAAUUUUAAUGUACCAAAUUGGAACUCAUGAUACACGUGUUUUAAUUGAUAUUCCUGGAAAGUUACCAAGUAAUGGUUCAGCUCUUCAAAAAGAACGACUUCGUUCAAUGCCAAAUAGUUUUUUACCACCAUCUGCCAAUAUCAACAGUGGUUUAAUAAUGUUAGGUGAUGCAAUGAAUAUGAGACAUCCAUUAACAGGAGGUGGUAUGACUGUGGGUUUUAAUGAUGUUGUCUUAUUAUCAAAACUAUUAUCACCAACUAUUGUUCCUGACUUCAAUGAAAUUGGUCUAGUUUUGGCUCAAAUGCAAGCAUUUCAUUGGGAAAGAAAAUUUCAUUGUAAUGAAAAUCUUCGUAUAUUACGUGAAGCCUGUUUUAAUUAUUUUCACUUGGGUGGUAUUUGUGUUGAAGGACCUUAUUAA